AUGUCGCUCUGCGCCCGAGGCCUCGUCGGGAGCGCGCUCCGAGCGCUCCCGCGCCGCCCCGUGAGAAGCUCCCGCGACGCGACGCCGCUCGGAACGAGCGGCGGUCGGCGGCGUGCCCGCGCCUUCAGGGGCGUCGUCUCCGCGGCGUCUCCCGGCGACGCGGCACCCGCGUCGACCCGCGCCGUGGCGCCCCCGUGGAAGGACGAGGUGCUCGAGUCGCACUCGCUGCUCGGUAACGUGUGCUUCGUGCUGUGCGGGCCGCAGGGCCCUCAGAACGUCGGCUCCGUCGCGCGCGUCAUGCAAAACUUCGGCAUCUACGACCUGCGCAUCACCGAUCCCGGCCCGUUCGUCCUGGCCGGCGGCGGGACCCGGGACGAGGACGCGACCCCCGCCGACGGCGCGAGCAGCUCCGGCGGGAUUAACAGCGGCGCCGCCCUCGGACCCGACGGCCUCGGCUCCGAUCUCCCGGAGGCGCUCCGACCGACCCGAAUCGAUUCCGGCGGAAAUCCCGCGGAUGAUCCCGCGUCGCCCGCGCCGCCCCUCUGCGACGAGGCCUAUCGCUUCGCGUGCGCCGCGGACUGGCUCCUCGCCGAUGCCAAGCGAUGCGACACCGCGCUCGAGGCCAUCUCCGACUGCACCUUCGUCAUGGCCACCACCGCCAGGCCGCGGGGGAACGUGCCGCUGGUCACCGCGCGCGUCGCCGCGGAGAUGCUGGCGAAGGAGGCCAAGCGGGGCAAGGUGGCGGUGCUCUUCGGCAACGAGCGCACGGGAUUGACCAACGAGGAGCUCGCGCAGGCGCACGCGUGCGUCGCCAUACCCACCGCGGGGCAGGGCACGCUGUGCAGGCGGAGCCUCAAGUACACGGGGGGAACGGGUCCGACGAGUCUGAACCUGUCGCAAGCCGUCGGCGUGCUCGCGUACGAGAUGUUCAUGGCGGCGGAUGCGGCGAACGGGGUCGGCACCCGAGGGGACGGGGACGGGGACGGGGACGGGGACGGGGAGUGCGCACCCAAAGGGGUCAACGCGGGGCGCAUCGACCUCCCGGCCUCGCAGCUCAUGACCGUCGGGGAGAAGAACACGUUACUCAACGAGCUACUCGCCGCGAGGCGAUCGCUCGACGUGCUCCCAAACGAAGAAGCCGACGACGACGCGAGCUCCUACUCCACCGCCGCCGACGACGACGAUGACCUGGACGUGAGGGAGGAGAGGGGGAUCGAGCGGGUGCUCAACUCGUCACCGCUCGCGAGGAGAGACGCCGCCGCGCUGUUCCAGCUCGCGCGACGGGUUAGGGCGGCGGCGAAGGAGGGCGACGCGGCGGGGGCGGGGGGAGCGGGUGGUUCAUCGUCGGGGCUGUUGGACGCCGCCGUGCUGCGGGCGGUGGCGGAGGUUGAAGGCACGCCGACGGUGCGAAAGGCGCGCGCGAAGAUUCGGGAGAGACUCGGGGUGUCGCUGACGAACAGGGAGAUCGCGCGAGCGAUACGCAGGGCCGCGGCGGGCGCGACGCCGGCCUCUUCGGAGUAG